AUGCAUAUCAAAGCCGGCUUGAUAACGGGAGCUUGUCUCCUAGCGUUUACACUUGGUGCCAAUGCCAAGCCUAUAAACAAAGCUGCCACUAAGCAGAGCAUCAAAGUCUCUUCAUACAAGGCAAAGGCUUUCACAUCUGCCAGUCCGAACGACGUUAGCUCCAGUGUCCUGGAGCUGACCAAGAUCAAGUCUGCGAAGGGCAACAAGCGCAGUGCUGCCAGGGUUCUGUUCGGCGGCAGCACCCAGCUGCUCUCCCUGGAGAUUGGUGAAGAGUUUGCAACCGAGAUCGAUAUUGCGGGACAAAAGUUCCAGGUCGUGGUAGACACCGGCUCUAGCGAUACCUGGGUCGUCGAGAGUGGAUUCGAGUGUGUCUCUGUCUCCAACAGCAGUGAUGUUGUUCCCGAGUCCGACUGUGCUUUUGGUCCCACAUAUACGUCCAGCUCCUCUUUCCAUCAGAUCUCUGGAGAAUUCUUCAACAUCACAUAUGGCGAUGGCGAGUUCCUAAAUGGCAUCAUGGGCACCAAUCAGAUCACGCUAGCAGGGAUAGAGGUGACCCAGGAGAUGGCUCUUGUCAACUAUGCUGGGUGGGACGGCGAUGGUGUUACUUCUGGACUGACGGGUCUUGCAUUUCCUGCUCUCACGAGUGCGUACUCUGAUUCUACGAAAGAGCAAAUUGAAUACAACCCGAUUUUCACCACCAUGUAUGAGGAGGGCAAGAUUUUGCCGCUCUUCAGUCUGGCCAUCCUUCGUGAUGUCUCUGGCCCGUCUGGAUAUCUUACCCUUGGAGGUCUUCCUCCAAUCGAUUUCGUGCCCGACUUCACCAGUACACCUAUUUUGAUUACCAACAUCCAGGGGUAUCCCACUUCCUACGACUUUUACAGCAUCAAUAUUGAUGACCUCAAGGUGAACGGCAAGAAACUCAUCGCUGCUGGAGGCUCUAGCAUUCAAUACAUCGUUGAUUCUGGCACCACUCUCAACUACUAUCCCACGGAAUUUGCCAACCAGGUCAACGCCGCGUUCGACCCUCCGGCUGUCUACAGCGACGCCGAUGGUGCCUACAUCGUGGACUGCAACGCCAAGGCACCCCGACAUGGUGUGACCAUCAACGGCAAGACCUUCUAUAUCAAUCCCCUAGAUAUGAUUCUCGACGCUGGAACAGAUUCAAAUGGCAACACAGUUUGCAUCAGCGGCGUUGAUGACGGCGGUGCUAUCUUGACGCAGGAUGUCUUCAUUCUCGGCGACACUUUCCAGAAGAACGUAGUGUCGAUCUUCGACGUCGGUGCUGCGGAGAUGAGAUUCGCCCCCCGGGAAUAUUAUUCUUCUAACGAUGAUUAUUGA